CUGUCAGCUCAGCGCCUCACCUCUUAUCAGAAAAAUACCCAACCGAGCAAGGUCCGUGAGCAUUUGAAAGGGCGUAUUGGACAUGCUUGCAUAGCAUUACACAGGAAAUGAAUGUGAGUUCAAAUCACCUCUGCUCUACCUGACUUCCUUGGGACGGUCCCGCAGAAGGCUACAGCAGCAUGCACUUAUUUCUGCACGGAAAAUGAAGCAGUCGCAUACACUAAAUGAAACUAAAAUUAUACAUUUCACAGAAACAAAGACAGCACCUUUGAACGGAACAAGAAAAGGCGAGAAGAUAACACCGUUAUUUUCGGCAUUAUUGCUCCAAGUGAAAGCACAGAAGAGGGAGAGAAGAGGCAGUGGGUGACACACGCCUGCGCAAAAGCUGCAACCGUGUGCGCUUUCAUCCAGAAGAGAGUUAAUAAUUGCUUUGUUACAACGUGCUUUGAUACACUUAAGAAAAACGUAGGCUGAUGAGGAUGAAGCGCCCUCUUGGAUAAAUCGGAGCACAUGCUGGGAAGGAUGCUACUCUCAUCAGGAGCAGGUGUAUUUAGCCAAAUGGAGGAGCAGGGCACAGGGCAGGAGCGACGCACAACAGCCGCCGGACCACAACACCUGCUCCAAAAGGAAAACCCCUCAUCCUUAGAUAUGCUGCUGGCUAACGCGCUUCUUCCCCUCAAAAUCACUGGAUUUUUCCUUGCAAGUUACAUGUGGUAACCAGGGGAACGUGGGCACCGUGAAACUGAUGGACGCGCAUCUCGUUGGGAAUAUACUCUCAUGACAAAGAAAAAUCCAAGACUGCUCUCCUGGAUUCUCAUACGGCUGCUUCACUGAAAUCAGUCUUGUUCUCAUCAAGGACAUAAUCAUCUGCAAGAAUGCCCGGAGCCCUGUUGUCAGCGCAGUCGCUUUAUAUAGGAAUGGAGGUGGUGAUUGCAGUCGCGUCUGUAAUCGGAAAUGUGAUGGUCGUCUGGGCGGUGAAAAUUAACAAAUCGUUACGAGAUACCACGUUUUGCUUCAUCGUCUCCCUGGCUCUGGCGGAUAUUGCAGUGGGAGCCCUCGUUAUCCCUUUGGCCAUCACCAUCAGCAUCGGACUCAAAACUCACUUUUACAGCUGCCUGCUCGUGGCGUGCACGGUGCUGGUGCUGACGCAAAGUUCAAUCCUGGCCCUCCUGGCUAUCGCGAUUGAUCGCUAUCUCAGGGUCAAGAUCCCCACCAGGUACAAGCGGGUGGUGACACCUCGGCGAGCAGGGCUGGCAGUGGUGAUAUGCUGGACGGUGGCUUUCAUCGUGGGACUCACACCCAUGUUGGGCUGGAACAACCUGAGGCGCCUCCAGCAGAACGGCUCCAUCAGCUCUGACCUCAUCAUCACUUGCCAGUUUGAAAAUGUCAUCAGCAUGAACUACAUGGUCUAUUUCAACUUUUUUGGCUGGGUGUUGCCACCGCUGCUGCUCAUGCUGGUCAUCUAUGCAGAGAUCUUCUACAUGAUCCACAAGCAGCUAAACAAUAAGAAGAUCAACACGAGUCACACAGACCCCAACAAGUACUAUGACAAAGAACUGAAUCUUGCUAAAUCACUGGCUCUGGUCCUUUUUCUCUUUGCCAUUAGCUGGCUUCCCCUACACAUCAUCAACUGCAUCACACUCUUUUGCCCUGAGUGCCAGAAGCCCAUAGUCCUCCUCUACAUCGCCAUCCUGCUCACACAUGGCAACUCGGCUGUCAACCCAAUUGUCUACGCUUUCCGCAUUAAGAAGUUCCGUAUGGCCUUUAAGAAAAUCUGGCAGCAAUACUUUUGCUGCAAGGAAACACCAGCUCUGGAGAUUCAGCCCAGUGACAGGAAAGAGAUGCCCGAUCCAGGACCACACCAGGUGACACAGAAGAAAAUCUUAAAUUCUGAUCCAACACAACAGCAGCCGCCUCCAUCUGAGCAACAGCAGGACCAGAGGACCAAACCACAGCAGCAACCUAAGGACCAUCCACCCUUACUGGAGCAGAAUCCAGUCUAAGCCAAGGAACGGAGCUGAGUAGCGGUCGGGAAAGUAAAGAACAGUGUAUGAGCAUUGGUUCUCAUUUGAAUGUCGUCUAAUGAGGAGCAUGAAGUGCUACGAUGCUGUAGUGACUGAUUCAUCUUGGAUGAUAAAUCUCAAACAGUGGAAGAAUAUUUUUGCUUUUGAGGAGUGGAUUUACUUUGUUUGGUCAGGGCAAAAAAAAUUAAAAAGGGUAUCAGUAAACUUGCAAUAAUCGAAGUAAUUUUGGCAGGGGCUGUCAAUCUUAGUAACACACUGAAAACAUUCUGGUCAUUAUGGUCAACCAGUUGAUGCGAACAUUACAAAAUGUGCAGUGUAAGUUAUUGCAGUUGGUCAGUAUCAGCUUAUCAAAUUUUAUAACUUGCUUUGAAGGAAAAAUUUCUCCUUUCAAAUAGAGCAGGUUCAUCUUACUACUGUAAUACUGUGUGUAUGUUUAAAUGGACAGUGGCUGAAGGAUAUGAAUGUAAUAAUAAUGUAAAUAAGGGACUAUGGCAACACAGCUGUGAACACUUAUCUCUGUUUCAGGGUCUUUAUCGCACAACAGCAGUAGAGCAAGUACCACUAUAGGAAGAGAUUUUUGCAGUAAGGAGGCGUGUAUGUGCUGAUAGAAGGGUUUUGUAAUCCCUUAACUCUUCUCUACUGGAGCUGAGUCCCUCAGUGAGCCAGCAGCACUGAUCCAUUACAAAGGAGAUGGACAGGGAUAAGAAACAAACAGCUGGAGGGAAAGAGAGGUUUUAACCUUUUAGAAGCUGCGUGCAGUAGACUCCUGGCUGCAGGAUGAC